CGCACGUUUGACCUUCAUUAGUGGAUGACUCCGAAAUCGUUGCCCAGCCAAUCGUUGACAAGGCGGCAGUUCUCAAUCAGGAAGUUGGGUGGGAAGAACUACGUGCUUUAUAAUCACGUGGCCGUGCGAGCGGGAGGGAGUUGUCUAAAAUAAAUUGGGCGUCCGGCUUCUGUGCUGAGGGUGCUGCCCCGGCGUGGAGAACAGAAUGAAAAAUCCAUCAUCUGAGAGGUUGAUCUGAAACCUAAUCGUGGAUGUUCCCUCCUAGCCCUUGAACACUCCAGUUGCCCUUCUUCAAAAGACGGGUAACUUGCGGCUAGCUCACAUGUCACCAGAAUAUGUGACUGUUACUGUGCGUCUAGUUCGCUCCUUUGAGCAUCGUAACUUCAGGCCUGUCGUGUACCAUGGUGUUAACUUGAAUCAGACUGUAAAAGAGUUUGCUGAAUUUGUGAAGAAUGAUGUGGCAUUAAGGACAGGACUUCCACCUCCUUUUAAAAGAUAUAGCUAUGACACAAUGAAGAUUAUUCACCAGGCGCAUGGCUCUAAGACCAAUGAGCUUGUUGUGAGCUUAGAAGAUGAUGAGAAACUCAUUUUGGCAGAGGAGAGCACCCUGCAAGCAGCUGGAGUUGCAAAUGAAACAGAGCUAGCAUUUUUCUGCAUGGAUGAUUACAGAAAAUAUAAAGUAAAUCCUGUUGCAACCUGGUGAAGAUAUUGAAGCUUAGAAGAAUUUUUCUUGUACUUCCUGUGAAAUUUCAUUCUAAAAACUUAAAAGAUGUAUGUAUUGUAAGCAUUAUAUAUUUACAGAAAUACAAGAGACCCAGAAGUGGGGGUGGGGAGCAAUAAAAGCUGAUUAAUUUGCUUUUCAUCUACUUUCAUUUUUAAAAAGUUAAAAUGUAUGAUGUGUCAAUGCAUUGUUAUUGUGAAAUAUCUCUCGAUGCCUAAUAUGUAGGGAUUUAAGACUGAUAUGCUGGCUAUGGAAAUAUCAUUACAUUUUAUCUUUAUUCUAACAUUAAAAUCUGUAUUAAGCUAGUCAUAAGACUGACUGGCAAGUGAGAAUUUGGUGCAGUUCUGUUGGAGUGGCUGCUCUUCCAGCUGCUCUACCCUUUCACAGCCGGUGUUGGGAGUGAGGAGGACAGUGGCUAUUGGUGCGUGUUCCCAGGGUCUCCUGAUUGGGAACAGGGGGAGGCCUCGGAAUGUGGACCAAUUCUGGUUGAGACGAGAGAAGCGGAAUGCUUAUCUUGAGGCCGGACUCCCCAGGUGCUCCAGUAGCCCCUGAAAAUGACCAAGAUGUACAGUUAGCAGGAAGGUUUGGAACAGGGGUGUUUUUCCGAGACAGAUGAGAUGGGCAUGGCUCUGACCCCAUGAUGCAAUGUUGGCAGAGGACAUCCGUUAGGAUCUGCAUACAGAUUGGAGGCGUACUUAUUUCGAGAGCGCCCCUCCUGAAAGGGUCGGGCUCAAACAUACUCAUAAGGAGAGUCCUAGAAGUAAAUACUAGAUCUGGUUCAAUGAACUGCUCUGUGCAUGCUCCAAGAUUCAUUCUGGGUGGUUGUGCUUCUGGAAAAAGCUGUGAUCAAUAAAGAACUUUUGGCAAGAA